UCGCCUCUGCGACUCGACACAACCGCUACACACCACACCGCUUGAACUACCCCCUCAAACCCAUCCAACCUCCCCUUCCAUCUCCCCCCCCCUUCUCCUCCCCUACUCCACACCCCGCCACCUGGAUACGAUGGGCCCACCGCCUCUCGCCCCCCACGCCCCCGGGCACGCAGAGAUAGGAAUUAACCUCUACACAAUCAACGCGAAGGGCCUGAACUCCCCACAAAAACGAGCAAGAGCGCUGCGAGAAAUUCGAGCACUUAAGAUAUCAAUAGCUUUCUUCCAAGAAACACACUUUCUAGCAACAAAAGCCCCCAAAUUCUCAGAUAAAUACUUCCCAACCGGCUACUACGCGCAUAACCCCUCCACCAAAUCCAAGGGAGUGGCUAUAUUAUUCUCGGCAGACACCCAGUUCCGCCUGGAAGCAGAAGAGAAAGACCGAGACGGCAGAUACCUCUUUCUCAAAGGACACAUAGGGGACGCUCAAAUCACACUCGCGAACCUCUACCUCCCAAACAAAGGCCAAAAAUCAUUCCUAGCCUCAGCCCUGAGAAAAUUGGAGGCGUUCAGUGCAGGAACCGUAAUAAUAGGAGGGGACCUCAACGCCCCUCUAGACCCCAAGAUGGACACAUCUAAAGGGAGCUCCACGAUCCCGGACCACAUCCUCAGAGGACUGCGGACCCUUUUGACAACUCACCAACUUGUAGACUGCUGGCGAAUCCUACACCAUACAGAGAAAGACUACACCUAUUAUUCAGCGCCACAUAAAUCCUACUCGAGGAUUGACUACUUCUUCAUCCAACACAGGGAUCUAGACACACUGUGCUCAGCCCACAUCGCCCCCAUGACCUGGUCGGACCACGCACCAGUAACACUCACCAUCGACAAUCCUAGAACCUUCCGAUCCCAAUGGACAUGGAAACUUAAUGAAUCACUCUUAGAGGACCCACUGAUCCAAACAGAAAUUAGGAACACACUAGACCACUUCUUCCCCACCAAUCAAACAACAGAAAGCGCACCAACGACCGUCUGGGAAGCACACAAAUGUACUAUCCGAGGGAUCCUCAUCAAACACGGCACUCGCCUGAAAAAACAACGCACACAGGAAAUAGCACGCCUUGCUGCCCAACUGGCGCGUCUAGAAACGCUUCACAAACAAGACCUCCGAGACGAAACCUACAAACAACUCCUAGAGACCAGAGCGAAACUCAACUCCUGCCUCACGUCCAAAAUACGAUUCCAGUUCCAACUCACACAAAAAAUGUUCUAUGAAUACGGAAACAAAAGUGGUAAACUGCUCGCUAGGGCGCUGAGAGCCUGGAGACAGAAAACCCAUGUUCAAAAGAUCUCCCUGGCAGGAAACACACUGCGGACCCCGAAGGCUAUAGCAGAGGGCUUCAGACAAUACUACUCCUCCCUAUACUGCCUACCUCCCAACACCACACGCACACACGAAGGAGAAGAGGCUCACACAGCACGGCAAAAAACAUAUAUCGAACAGAAUAUCACUACAACGCUGA